AUGUUUGCCCUGGAGUUCGCCCGUACUGCCGCCACCAAGUUCCUGACGCACACGCAGUCUGGCGGCUCCAUGUCGCCAGAGGAAGAGCGGAGGCGACUUCUGGAGAUGGAGGCUGAGUUCUACGGCCAGUUCUGGGAAUCUGCUCAGAGCUCGGAGGACUUCCUGGAUGUGUUCGAGGAGUCGCGGGACUUGCCGGGCUUCGGCGACAGGGAGCCCCCUCCUCGGCCGAAGGAUGUGCCCGAACUCAACUUGGCGUUGCAGGCCCUUGGGCUGCUGGCCGAGUGCGGCCGCGCCAUCCGCGACUUCUGGCAGACCUCCGGGAUGACGUUGCAGCAGUUCAGGAAGAUUGCCUUGACUCCCGGGGCGCGGCUCGUGGGCGAGGGUCCGGGGCGGAAGCAGACCCCCACGAACCUGAAGUCCAGACAGAGACUUGGCUGA